AUGAGUGGUUCGGGCGAGUUUGGCAACCCUCUGAGGAAAUUUAAACUGGUGUUUCUGGGCGAACAAAGUGUUGGAAAGACUUCCUUAAUAACUAGAUUUAUGUAUGACAGUUUUGAUAACACAUAUCAGGCAACUAUAGGAAUUGAUUUUCUGUCAAAGACUAUGUACCUUGAAGAUAGAACUAUCAGGCUGCAACUGUGGGACACUGCAGGUCAGGAGAGGUUUAGAAGUCUCAUUCCCAGCUACAUCCGGGAUUCGUCUGUUGCCGUAGUAGUGUAUGACAUAACAAAUGCAAAUUCCUUCCACCAAACAUCCAAAUGGAUUGAUGAUGUUAGAACAGAGAGAGGCAGUGAUGUGAUAAUCAUGUUAGUUGGGAACAAGACAGAUCUUGCAGACAAAAGGCAAGUGUCGACAGAAGAAGGGGAAAGGAAAGCGAAAGAGCUGAAUGUGAUGUUUAUAGAGACUAGUGCCAAGGCUGGAUACAAUGUGAAACAGCUGUUCCGAAGAGUUGCCGCAGCACUGCCAGGAAUGGAACAAAAGGAUGAUAAAAAUACAAUGCAUGAUGUGGUACUAAAGACUGAAAGCCCAGUGGAAACCCAGACACAAGAAGGAGGCUGUGCCUGCUGA